AUGGCUGCAUUCAUACCGCACCAAGGGAGGCGUGUCAGUCGACUGCCGUCCAUUGUGGGAAGGUACUCUCCCAUCAGGAGACCGUUCUGCCCCACCACAGAGCAGAGAAAGGUCGCCGGGGACGAGCGGCUGGUCUUUAACGUCAGCGGACACAAGUACGAAGUCUGGCGGGGCGCCUUGGACGCCCACCCUGACACCCUCCUCGGGAGGUUCGACGAUCGAGAGAAAUUCUUCAAUCCGGACACGAACGAGUACGACUUGUCGACGACGCCGGAGAUGUUUAAGUACAUCCUAAGGUUCUACACGAACGGGGUGCUACAUUUUCCAAAGUCGGACGAUAUUCACUUCCACACGUACUUGGAAGAGAUUGAAUUUUUCGAAAUCGAUCCGGACGAACACAUGAGUCACUGUUGCUUCGAGGAUUACAUAGAUAGGAAGAUACAAUGGGACAUUGCGCACCGACCAAAGACGGUCUUUGUUCCGGAAACGCUCAGGGAAAAACUGUGGCAAAUGGUCGAGAGUCCCAAGGCGAACAUGUCCGCCCAAGUGUUCUUCUACAUCACGUGCUUCUUCAUCUCCUUGUCUGUGACAGCCACUGUUAUGGAGACGUUAGCGUGCGAGGAUGUGUCGAAUAUAGGAGACCCCUUCAAAAUAGCGAGGGCGAGGCAUUGUAGACACGUCUUCUUUUGUAUAGAAAGCGCCUGUGUGGUGUUGUUUACCGCGGAAUAUAUUAUAAGGUUGUACGCUUCGCCGAACAGAUCACUGUACGCUAGAAGCUUCAUGAGUGUUGUAGACUUAGUCUCCAUUUUCCCCUUCUACGUAGGGCUGUGUAUAAGCGAGGAAAGCAACGUGCAAGCUGUAUUCGACACUCUAAGAGUGUUUCGCGUAUUCAGGGUGUUUAAACUCUGCCGGUCGUCCCCGGGAAUGAUAAUGCUGGCAAAGACUCUGAAAAUCAGCGCGAGCAAUUUGAGCUCGCUCUGCUUCGCCCUCAGCAUGAUCUGCCUAGUAUUUACCACUAUGAUGUACUACAUGGAAAAGACCCACAAUCCGGAGAAGUUUAGCAGUAUACCCGCGGUGUUCUGGUUCACCAUUAUCACCAUGACGACGGUGGGAUACGGCGACAUAACGCCGAUAGGAUUCAUCGGGAAGGUUCUAACAGGGGCGUGGUCGAUCAUCUGUGUCGUUAUACUAUCCUUUCCCUUGACUAUACUCGUAGAUACGUUCACGGCGAUCAGGGAAAGUGCCAAAGCAAGGAAGGAAAAAAUGAAGCAAUCACACGAAGAACAGACUGACGAGUCAGAUGAUGAUGACGAGUCAUUGUGA